AAAAAAAAAAAGAAAGAGCGCGGAAGGCCCGUGUUCGCUUCCUUCCGUUAUAAGCAAAGACCAUUGAACCACACGGCGGAGGGUCACCCUGCCUGGGCCAUUUCUCGUAUGUAUGUACACAGUGCCAUAUAAUCGCGGAGAGCGGCCGAAUACGAGGAAAAUCUGCCAGUCAUCCGGGCUCCGACUCCGUUGGAAUUUUCAAACGACUACGUGAUACGGAAAUCCUGCCAUCUUGAAUACCUGUUGUACCUUUUCUACCUAGUAAUAAUCGCGCGACUCGUGAUAAAAGAAGACGAGUAACAGCCCUCGGGGGAACUAGAGAAGAAGAAACUGGCCGGAAAGCGCGCGAGCGACGAUCCUCGAUCUCCAUCUGGAUCUCGAUAUCGAGGGAUCCGCGAGAAAAUAGAGGAGACGUUGAGAUCGUGUAAGAAGUAGCGAUCAUCGGCGCAGCGUUCACGGUAGCCGGUGCCAGAAGCGCGCACAGUAGAGCCCAUAAAUUUUCCUCGGCGAUCGUGAACGCACUAAACGCCGAGCCGUGGAGCUGCCUCGAAGUAACAAGCGACGCGAGCCGACCUCUCGACCGGGCAGUCGUCAGGAUGUUUCAGCUGGCCAGCAGCCGGUAGCUUCGUUGCCGGGCCUGGUUGCGAUCCUCAGCCCCUGGAGGCGGAAGAAGCGCGGCCGUUUCAAGGAUCGCCCGUCGACGAUGUCCAUACGCGUGAGCGGCGUCUACCUGGUGCCAAGCCCUGCCAAUAACGAGGCUGGCAACGAGAAACCGAGCAACCUGUCGGUGGAGAACAAUCUCCACCAGCAGCACCAUCAUCAUCAUCACGCUGCCAAGACCGUGACGAUCGUCGCCGGACCACAGAGGAGCAAUAGUCUGGAUUACUUGAAUUUCGAAGAGAAACGUCAGAUCAUCGCGUCCUCGUUGUCUCUCAGCGAUUUCCUGGCCCAUGGUCCGGCGGCUGCGGCCGCUGCCGCCAAAGAGGUCGCUGCUAACACCGUGAUAGCGAAAAAGCAAAAUGGGGCGGCGUUGCGGACGAACAGCCUGGGGUCGGGGGCGAGGACACCACCCCUGGAGAGGAAAAGCAAAUUUUCAGCCCUCGGUAGACUCUUCAAACCGUGGAAAUGGAAACGAAAAAAGAAAUCGGAUAAAUUCGAGGCUGCCUCGUUGUCGCUCGAGAGGAAAAUCUCUGUUCGAGCCAGCAGAGACGAGUUGGUACAGAAAGGAAUUUUGCUGCCAGUCAUAAGGUCCACUUCGUUUCCGGAAAAUGAGACGGCGGGCGACUCGCCCGAUGGCCAGAAGCCGCCGACGCCGCAGCAGACGCCGCAGCAGCAGCAGCAGCAGCAGCAGCAACAGCAGCAACAGCAGCAACAACAGCCGCAGCAACAGCAGCCGUCCAUCGUUGGGAUCGGGACCGGCGGCGGCGGCGGUGCCUGCACCCCGGCAGCAACACCCACGUCGGCCGGAAACGCGCAGCAAUCCCAACAAUCCCAGCAAGUAGCAUCGGCCACGCCGACCCCCACGACUGCCAAUCCGCAUUCUACAGGACCGCCCAGCAAUCAACCCUCGCCGCAUCCCUCGCCGCUUUAUCCGGGGAUUCCGCAGGCCGGCCAGCCCAACGGCAGCACGCAAGAGCCGAAGAAGGAAAAGACUGAACAGAGUGCAAAUGGCGCGGUAUCGCCGAGCGGUGAGCCGCAAGCGAAUCAGGGCACGGCCACGACCGGUAGCGUGCCGAUCUCGGCCGUGCCCCCGAAUUCAGGGGACCAGCAAAAGCCGAGUAGGCCGAACACCCUGGCUUCCAGGGUGGUAGCCAGGAGGCUGAUCUUGUUCGACAUGGAGAAGGGGGUCCUAGACCAAAGCAGCGAAAACCAGCAGGUAAUAGAGAGGUGUUACCCUCUCCCGCCUCAGAACACGCUGAUGCUGUCGGAACUUCCGGAACCGCCGAUUCCGUUGAGCGAGAUCGGCCCGAUUCCGCCUCCUCCGAUGUUCAGCUCUUCGAGUCCUACCCUCUUGUUGGCUAAGCAGCGGCAAAUACGGAACCCUUUGUCGUCAGACUACGAAGACGAAGAGGACGAAGAAGACUUCGACGUGGAGGAGGACAACAUGUACGUGCCGAUGAUGUCGCAGCCUGACCCGAGCAUCGACACGUCCAGGAUCGAGGAGAUCCCUGCGAAGGAGCCUAAGUUCCACGCGGUGCCGCUGAAGAGCGUGCUGAAGAAGAGGAGCUCCGGAAGUGGCCCUGGCACGCCGCAGAACACGCCGACGCAGGAGAACAGGCCGUUGACCCUUCGUCAGGAGCUGCACGCCUCCUUCAACAGCCGACCAGUCAGAUUCGGGCUCGCCCUGCCGUGCACCCUGGAGAACAAGGAGAACGCGAGGCCGUACGUGAUAAGGGAGGACGCCGACGGCGACCCUGGAGACGGACAGGUACUCUACAGGGACGAGUACGACGAUGAGAAAAGCCGGUUGGCAGCAAAGAUUGCGCGCAAGGAGUCGCUGUCGCUGAAGCUCGCCCUCAGGCCAGACAGGCAGGAGCUCAUCAACAGGAACAUCCUUCAACUGCAGACGGACAAUGAGAGGCAGGAAACGAAGGAGGCAAUCGGUGCCAAGCUCAUCAGGCGGCUGAGCAUGCGGCCAACCCAGGAGGAACUCGAGGAACGAAACAUUUUGAAAAAGCAAAGUCCCGCGGAGGAGAAGAAGCAGAAAGAGGAGAAAAAGCGGUAUCUGCUGCGGAAGCUCAGCUUUCGACCGACCGUCGAAGAGCUUAAGGAAAAGAAGAUCAUCAGGUUCAACGACUACAUCGAAGUCACGCAGGCCCACGACUACGACAGAAGGGCCGACAAACCCUGGACGCGGUUGACUCCUAAGGACAAGGCAGCCAUUAGGAAGGAGUUGAACGAGUUUAAGAGUUCGGAGAUGGCCGUUCAUGAAGACAGCCGACACCUCACCAGGUUCCAUAGGCCAUGACAAUUGCAAUGUGUUGAGGUGCUACAGUGUGGUGGUGCGGGUAUAGGUGAAGGUGCAGUGUGGUGGCCUCGCGUCGAGGCUGGAUAAAAAUCUCUCUCGGUUGAUCGUGGCUACCGAGGGUAUUAUCACGACGGGAGGAGUUACUAUUACUCCGCGGUACUCGGGCGACGGUGACGGUGGUUUCUUUUUAUGACGUUGCUGCGUCGUGUUGUCAUUCGUCGUCGUCUCCUCGUCGUCAUCGUGUCAUGCAUCGCGUCUCUCUCAUCGGUAGUCGUCAUCCAUCAUCCCCCAUCGGGUCAUCCGCCAUCAGCGCUGACGACGAACGUCUCCACGACGUCGACGAAGAUUGUGAUAGGGUGACCCGUCCCAUGGAAUGAUCAGAGAAAUGCGAAAGAAAAUUGCAAGGGGAUCGCGUCGGGUCACUCGCUGAUUUCUCUUCGUUACAAGGCUCGUUCACACCUCGGCUCACCCGAUACGACGUCCUGGUCCUUGCAGAAUCGUUAUCCAGCGCGGAUAUCUUUUUGAGCACUUUUGCAUUCUUUCGAUGCCAAAAAAAGAGUUAAAGUAAAGUAAAGUAAAUAAAUAAAUAAAUAGAUAACCGAAGGAGUAAAGAGAGAGAAGGGUAGGUAGGAUGAGAGAAGAUCGAUGAAGAUAGAUUAACGAGUCGUAAAUGGUACUUGGAGAACGGUAGAGACUAAGAUUGCAGUUAGAAAUUCGCAACUUAGAAAAUCAAAAGCGUCGUUCUACGUGUAAUGAUAAGACUCCUUUUGUACGAGGGUUCGCGGAACCUCUCUGUUGAAGGAGAGCAGCUGAUUGCUUGUUCCGCGGCGUCUGCGAGACUUUGCCGACUCUCUGAACGAUUUGAACCGCGAGGCAUUGAUUAUUCACUUUUAUCGAGACAGCUAGACUAAUCGAAAAGAGAGAGAGAUGUCUUUAAAUAAACUUUAAGGUAAUAUGCGAAUUAAACGUAUACAUUGGAAGUAAUAAUAGUUAGAUCGAUAACAGACGAUAGAAAGUAGCACGAUUGACGAAGACCACGCUUGAAAUAGCUUCUCUUCGUGGUCGCUGAAAUUUCUUUGAUCAAGGACGAGAGAAAUGAAAAAUACACCGGUGUGAGCUCGCGUGUGAACGGAUCUUCCCGUAGAUGUAGAAACACCAUACUUCUCUUUUGCCAUCAAGCUAGCUCGUCAGUGUCACCUGGCAUCAAACGCGUAUACGUGAAACGAUUCCUAAAGAGAAAAGUUUUAACCCUUUAGCGUUCGUGUGAUAACGAUAUCUUGCGGAUAAUUCGCGAAAUACUCAAACUCGACGUUGGAAACGAGAAGAACGUGCAUCGCUGUAAACGAUAGCAAGAGAAAAAUAAAGAACGUGAGAAAUACGGAAAGACAGGAAACGGAAGAAGACGUUGAGAGCCGUCGAUAAGGAAGAUUGAUUUAGCUUUCGAUUUAGUUGUUUAAAGAUGCGUUAGUUUGAGAUAUUUUUAUAUGUUGACGUUUAAAAAAGAAAAAAAAAAAUGAUAAAGAACAAAAUAUGUAACUGAUAGCGAAUUAUCAUCGACUCGGAAGGAAAGAAAAAUUUUUUCAACGAAACGAAACGAAACGAACACUUCGUUUUUAUCGAGACGAACGAACAAAAUUGCAAAGGGGAAAAUAGAAAAUUGAAAAACGAAAAAAAAAAAUAUAUAUAUAUGGGAUAAAAAGAAAAUAACGCAGGCUUCGCGAUAUAUGGCGGCUAUUAUGUGAUUUAUCGAUAUAAUUCCACGGACCGUGAUUUUAAUCGAGUUUUCAAUCGAUGACUUCGUUGUUC